AUGCGGGACAAAUCGGGCAUGUACUGGAAGGUGGCAGCCACACCGCGUGCCAUGGAUGCAUCCAUCAUGAUGCUGGGCCCCGUUCACUAUGACCUGCAGAUCCGCAUUCCCCCCGCCAUGCCCUCCUGGACGCAAUCCACCUCCUGCGCUCCCGCAUGCACCGAGAAGGUGUUGGGCAACGAGAGCAUCAAGAUUGUCGCCUCCAUGCUUCACAUGCACGGCCUCGGCAGGCAGUUGUACACAGAGGUGAUCCGAGGGGGCACCAAAGUGGCCACCAUCAGCCGCCUCGAUUACUAG